AAUUUACUCUUUUCUCCCACAAUUUCUCCUUCCAAAUUCUCUUUGAUUCUUGUUGGUCUUCUCCGAUUAGAUCUUUGAAUCUGUUUCUCUCCUCUCCGGGAACCGGUGGUGGUUUCAUCAUGUGUCUUUUUGAUUUUCCGGCAAUCCUUACUAGGGUUGUGUGUUUGGCAGGUGGGAAGCUGACGAAGAACAUUUCAUUCAGCAGUCCUCUAGCUACUAAUGGUACGAGAAAAAGAUAUCUGCUGGGAAUACGCAGAGAAACUAGAUGUAAAGGGGUCAAUCCUUGUGCCAAGGUUAGGGACGAUGUUACUGAUCGAGUCCGUUCCAUUUUAUCUGCCAAGGAUGACCCCAAAGAUGCCUCAAUCACCAACAACAAGUACAAGCCUCCACCACCACCACCUUUAUCUCCUCUUCCCUCUGAUGCUGCGUCCAAACUACUCUUUCCCUCUUCUCCAAAUGCGCAGGAGAUUGCCGAGAGGAGUAUUUCUCUUUUCUUCUUUGAGAACAAGAUCGACUUUGGUGUUGCCCGCUCACCCUCUUAUCACCAUAUGCUCGAUGCCGUUGCCAAGUGUGGUCCUGGAUUUGUUCCUCCUUGUGCUCUCUCUCUCAAGACUCAAUUGCUGGACUCUGUUAAAUCAGAAAUUCGUUUACAACUGAAAGACACUGAAAAGGAGUGGGUCACCACGGGCUGUACUCUCAUCGCUGAGGCAUGGACCGACAACAAAUCACGAGCACUGAUCAACUUCUCCGUCUCAUCGCCUUCCAGAAUCUUUUUUCACAAGUCUGUGGACGCCUCCUCAUAUUUCAAGAACACAAAAUGCCUUGCUGAUCUCUUUGAUUCUAUCAUCCAAGAUAUUGGUCAGGAGCAUAUUGUGCAAAUCAUUAUGGACAACAGCUUCAGCUACACUGGUAUCUCAAACCAUAUCUUGCAAAACUAUGCAACCAUUUUCGUCUCCCCUUGUGCAUCUCAGUGUUUGAACAUGAUAUUAGAAGAAUUCUCCAAGGUAGAUUGGGUCAACCAAUGUAUAUCGCAAGCGCAGGUAAUAUCUAAGUUUGUGUACAACAAUAGCCCCGUGCUAGAUUUAAUGAGAAAGUUAACAGGUGGGCAAGAUAUUAUCAGAAGUGGUGUCACAAAGUCUGUCUCCAAUUUUCUAUCAUUACAGUCAAUGAUGAAACAAAAAGCAAGGCUAAAACAUAUGUUCAAUAGCCCAGAGUAUACCACAAAUCCUAAUAAACCACAGAGCAUGUCAUGCGUGAAUAUCUUAGAGGAUAAUGAUUUCUGGAGAGCUGUGGAAGAAAGUGUGGCUAUUUCCGAGCCUAUCCUGAAAGUGUUGAGGGAAGUUUCUAGUGGAAAGCCCGCUGUAGGUUCUAUAUACGAGUUAAUGUCCAAGGCGAAGGAGUCAAUACGGACAUACUACAUCAUGGAUGAGAAUAAGCAUAAGGUCUUUUCUGACAUAGUCGAUACAAAGUGGUGUGACCAUUUGCAUUCACCUCUUCAUGCAGCAGCAGCAUUCUUGAAUCCCAGUAUACAGUAUAACCCAGAGAUAAAGUUCCUCUCUUCCUUAAAAGAAGAUUUUUUCAAAGUGUUGGAGAAACUUCUCCCCACUAGCGAUUUACGGCGUGAUAUUACAAAUCAGAUAUUCACUUUCACUAGGGCAAAGGGAAUGUUCGGCUGUAACCUGGCGAUGGAGGCGAGGGAUUCAGUUUCACCAGGUCUCUGGUGGGAGCAGUUUGGUGACUCAGCACCUGUUUUGCAGCGGGUGGCCAUCAGGAUACUGAGCCAAGUUUGCAGUGGUUACAACUUGGAACGCCAAUGGAGCACAUUCCAGCAGAUGCACUGGGAAAGGCGAAAUAAGAUUGACAGAGAAAUAUUGAACAACUUGGCGUACGUGAAUCAGAAUCUAAAGUUAGGGAGAAUGAUAACCGUGGAGAUAGACCCGAUUGCCCUGGAGGACAUUGACAUGAUGUCGGAGUGGGUGGAAGAGGCAGAGAAUCCCAGCCCUGCCCAGUGGCUUGACCGUUUUGGGUCCGCCCUUGAUGGAGGAGACUUGAACACCAGGCAGUUUGGCGGUGCUAUUUUCAGUGCCAACGACCAUAACAUCUUCGGCUUGUGAAGUCUGGUAAGAGGUUUUCAUGAGUUGGUCCAGCGUUGUCGGACGUUAGAUUUAUCUUUUGGAUCGAGAUUGCUGAGUGUUUAACCACACCUCGGUUCGCUAUAUUGUACAUAAUGUUUUGUAAUAAAGUUAAAGUAAUUAU